AUGCAUAGAGGAAUUAAUGCUACAAACAUUGUGCUCAUCCCGAAGAUUCAAAAUCCUACUCGUACCAACCAUUUCAGGCCUAUCUCUCUUUGUAAUGUGGUGUACAAAGUCAUUGCUAAGAUCUUGGCUAACAGAAUAAGACCUAUCCUUCCUUCCUUUAUCUGUCCUACGCAAGCUGCCUUUGUCCCGGGUAGGAACAUCCAUGAUAACAAUGUCAUUGUUCAAGAAAUAAUCCACUUGUUUAACAGAAAGAAGGGUAAGGAGGGUUUCUUUGCUAUAAAAAUUGACCUUGUUAAAGCCUAUGACAGGUUGAGCUGGAAAUUCAUUGACCAUGGAGACCCGCUCUCCCCUUACCUUUUCAUCUGGGCGGCUGAUGUUCUUUCAAGAUUAAUCCAUGAUGCCCUCGACUGGGGAACCAUAAAAGGUGUUAAACUCAGCAGGGGCGGUCCUGUUCUAUCCCAUAUUUUCUUUGCGGACGACUUAAUCCUGGUGGGUAGAGCGAACUUAACAGAGGCAAAUGGAUUCUGGAACUGCUUAGAAAAAUUAUGCUCUUGGUCUGGCCAACAGGUUAACAAGCUCAAGACGACAAUUUUCUUCAGUAAAAACACGCCGACGAACAUGCGUAGAGAUAUCAAGGAAGGAUUGGGAAUAGAUUAUCGUGAGGGAUGUUUAAAAUAUUUGGGCCUUCCCCUUUUCCGGUCUAGGCAAAAGGACGCUGAUUUUAAUUUUAUUUUAGACAACCUUACAGCAAAACUUCAGGGCUGGAAGGCUAAGACCCUAUCAAAGGCGGGGCGUGCAACUCUUAUCAAAUCUGUGGGCUUGUCUUUGCCUAUGUAUGCUAUGCAAACUACUAAACUCUCAUCUCGUAUGGUCAACCGGAUUGAUAGUUUGGUCAGAGAUUUUUGGUGGGGAUUCGAGAAAGGAAACCAUGGGAUCCAUCUAAAGGCUUGGGACAAAAUUUGUCUCCCUAAAUCGCUAGGUGGGUUGGGUUUCCGAAAGACUAAAGAAAUGAACCAGGCCUUCUUGGCUAAAUGGGGUUGGAAUAUUCUGACUGGUAACAAAUCUUUAUGCUCUCAAGUUUUGAUCGCAAAGUACCUCCGGGGAAAAGAUUUCCUCUCUUGCAGGUACAAAGACUCCGAUUCUUGGUUUUGGAAGAGUGUUGUCAAGGCUAACUCUAUCCUGAAAAAAGGGGCUUGUAAGUUAAUCGCUAAUGGAGAAUCAACGGAAAUCUGGUCGGACCCCUGGAUUCCUCAUGCUAAAGGUUUUUGCCCGAAGCGUAGAAGGGGUGCCCCUACCAAUCUCAAUCGUGUAGCGGAGCUGGUUCUUAACAAUGGCCGUUGGGAUUUACAAAAGUUGAAGCUCCUGUUCGAGCAGGACACAAUUGCGGCCAUCUUGAAAGGGGGUCACCCCUCUGGUGUAGGUCGAGAUAGAUGGGUUUGGACUCUGGAAAGCAGCGGGCAGUUCUCGAGUAAGUCUGCUUAUCUUUCCCAAGCCCUGGAAAGAGCACCUCAUUGUGAUGUCGCUCCUAAGCUUUGGAACAAACUGUGGAAUAGCAAAAUCUUGGAGCGACACAAGGUCAUGUGGUGGAGCAUCUUAUCUAAUGCUCUCCCGGUAAGAGAUGUUAUAGGAAAACGUUUCCAUAUAGAGGACACGAGCUGCCCCCUAUGUGGUGUGGGUCAAGAAUCUGUUGAACAUCUGUUUCUUUCUUGGGAAGUGGCUCUUCAUCUUUGGCGUUCUUCUCCGUGGGAUAUGUCUGAUACUUUGCUCUCUAGUCCUCCUCCGAUGCCUAAGGAAGCUUGGUCCCCUCCUCCUCAGGACUGGAUUAAGCUGAACUGUGAUGUGAAAGUGGGUUUGGAGAGUUUGUGUAUUGCUGUUGUUGCUAGAGAUCAUCUUGGUAGAGUGAUUAGCGUUCACACGGCUCGGGAGGAGUUCUCGGAUGCUCUUUGUGGUGAAGUCGCGGCCUGCUGCUUGGCGGUGUCAGUUGCUUUAGAGUUCGGCUAUAAGUAUGUUAUUGUGGAGAAUGAUUCGAGAGUGGUCAUCGACGCUAUCAAUGGGAAGGGAUCUCGUUGGGCGUUAGAGAACUACAUCUCAUUUUGUACUAAGUCUUCUCCUUUAUUUAGUGUUUGUUCCUUUUCUUAUGUUAGUAGAUCUUGUAACUUUGCCGCUCAUAAUGUGGCUAGAUGGGCCUUCUCCCAUCAGUUUUAUGGAUCUAUCCCAGUCCCUUCUAUACCGGAAACUCUUUUAUGUAAUGACCGUGAGGUCUAA